CAGUCACUGCAUUGCAAGCUACAGAGAAAUAUACCUAAAAACUGAAAGGGUGGCCUUUUCUGCUCCUGAUCAUUAUCGUCAAGACAAAUAAUAAACAUGAUUAUAAUGUAUCACACAGAGUUAUGAAGUAGUUUUUAAAUUAAUAUAUAAGCUUAUGAAGAGCAAUCUACAGGAACAGGACAACACCAGGAUAAGGCACAAUAAUUAAGAACACGAUUCGAAGUCCAUUGUGCUUACAAAAAUUAAUAUGAGAAGACAUAACAGGUCUGUGGUACGUCUGCACAGGCACUGCGAGACAUGCUAUAGCCAGCGCUGCAGGGCCCCCGUGGAGAUCUCAGUCUCUUGUAUAACCAUCAGCUGCCGCCUGCUCUGUGGCGCUGUCUUCCACCUGUGCAAGGAGGAGGAGCACAAGCUCCUCUGCCCCAAUGAGAAGGUGCCCUGCCUCAAUGCCCACUAUGGCUGCCCCUUCACCAUGGUUCGCUCCAAACAGGCCCAGCACCUGGAGGUAUGCCCGGCCAGUGUGGUCUGCUGCUCCCUGGAGUGGAACCGCUGGCCCUUGGAGGAGGCUAAUGCAAUCUUCUAUGACAAUAUCCUGAAGGAGCAGCACUCUGAGGAGCAGCUGGACCUCUCCAUGGCACUCAGAGACCAGAAGCACCUGUGUGAGAGGCUGAAGAUGAAGACAUUCUUCCCUGAACUGAUGGAGGAUGUAGAAGAACCUGAGCAGGAGGAGGACACUGGAGAGGUCGACCUUGAAGAUGGAGAGCCGGGGGCUUCAGUGCCACAAGGUGAGGCACGAGGCUGCAACCUUAACAGGGUUGGAUCAGAGCCAGAAGAGACCGACAACAAGAAUGCAGAGAACGGGGUGGAUGCAAACAGUUACAAUCGUUGGGAGUCCAUGUUCAGCAUGGAGAAGGGAGGUUGCAAGCAAGCCGCUAAAGCUGCCGCUGAUAAGAAAUGCAAUGAAGAAAAAGAAAAAAAGGAAAGCCCAAAAAAUGGCCCUCAUAUCCAAGAAGAAGCACCAGAGGAAAGGGACAAAGUUGAAACAGUCAUACCCCCUGAUGACUUCACUAAGAUGGGAUUGGCUCCCUGGCAUGAUGGGGUCCUGGAAAGGCUGGGGAAAGAGGUAAAUCCCAGAGAGUUCAACAUGUAUGUGGUGCACCACGGCCGCAUGUUGAUUCGCUUUGGCCAGAUGCCCGCCUGCACACCCAGGGAAAAGGACUUUGUCUACGGCAGCCUGGAACCUAUAGCCGUCCAGACUCUCCGCUCUUUCGACGUCCCAACAAGCUACAGGGAGAAGCGCAUCCAUCGUAAAGACCCAUCCAAGAGGGCAGCCAGUGAAAACAAAAGCCUGGAUACUUUAGACUUGGGCCUCACCCAGGAAGACAUCCCCAGAAUGGAUGAAAUCACUGCCACCCUGAUGUGCUAUGCAGAAAGGGAGAUAAGGGGACACAAAAUCUCUGAGUCCGUAGGGACUGAUGGCCUGUGGGUGGACAUUGGGACUCAAACCUAUGACUUCUCCUCUGCGCCAUUCAAGAGUGAUGCCAUCCUCGCCAAAGUUACAGCUGACAGGCCCGUGAAGCUGCAUGUGCAGAUCAGCACAGAGCCUGCCACAAGCAGGCACAACAAAUCCAGCUCUGUGUUUACGUUCCUGUGUGGCCAUUUCUUCCGGCGGGAUGAGUUCCGCUCACACUUCAAGAAUGUUCACUUGGACAUCCAGUCAGGCCUGAACGGCUGGUUCGAGCAGCGCUGCCCCCUGGCAUACCUUGGCUGCACUUACAGUCAAAAAAGAUUCCAGCCUUCCACCCACAGAGCCAUAGUUACCUACAACCAGGUGCUUAGCACCUUUACCCUCAGACCAGAGGUCUCACCCUCACUAUAUCAGGGAAUUCAAACUGUCAUCCCGGAAAGGAAGCAUGCCCGAAAUUUGGACUCACUCAGUAGACUGCCCUUUGAAGUCCUGGUGCACAUUGCUGGCUUGUUGGACAGUUUCACUCUGACGCAGCUGGCCCUGGUCUCCAGGCUAAUGAGAGAUGUCUGCGAGACACACCUGCAGAAGAGGGGCAUGGUCUCCUUGAUGUGGGAGAAAAAGACAUACACUCACAGAAGGUCCUGCUGGAAAUCCAAAAAGGUGUGGCAUUUCAGCAAUCUCUUCUCCUCAGUGAAAAGAUGGCACUUUGGAGAUGUUCCCUCUAUGUCUGAGCACCUGAAGCGUUGUCUGUUCUACCAGACUGAGGAGAAGAAGGAACCAGUGGCCUUGGCCAGUAUGUCUAACACCAAAGCUGAAUCUCAGGAACGCCAAAGUUUGGUCACCUUGUUUCUUGGAAACAAGUGACAUGGAAAGAAAGAAGGAGAAUGAGAUAAAAUAAAAAAAUUAAAAAUGUAAAUCAAAUUCCAUUUUCAUGAAGGACAGCAGACAUAGACAGCGUGUGUACAUUUUAUUAAGUUCUCUCCAGCAAGCAAGCACCUAUUAGAAUAUAACCAGUAUCAGCUUUCAGUCUGCCAGCUUUUUGCAAAUUGGCACUACAUUCUUCCAUAAGUAGCAGCUCCACUUGUUCAACAGCAGAUCCUCAGCUUGACAGCUCAACUGUCCACAUGUGCCAAUUUUCAAAAUUCUGGCAGGCCCACGAUAGUUCCAAAGGUAGAUAAUGGCUACUGUAUGUUUGCUAGCUGCAGUAAUAAAGGUUAAAGGUUAAAGGUUAGUGCAGACAUGUUUCUCUGUGUGUUUGUGACAUACAGGAAUCCUUUGUGCUGAAACCCAAUAGGUGGAACUCAUGGUCCAUGCUGAUUUGCAGUGUUACAAUAUGCUGACCUGUAAUUUAUGGAAAUAUUCUUAUUUUCAGAUUUUAUUGGCAGACCCCCUGAGGGAGGGGCACACAGUAUAUCUGUAUAUUGAAACUAAACACUGUAUUACUGUAUUUUGAAAUAAUACGUUUUUUUUCUUUGAGUAAACCGGGUUAAUUGCAAUGAAUGUUAUGAACACAAGUUACCAUUUUCACGUUAAGAGACAAUUUCUGUAACCAUAUCUGAAAUCCAUCCAAAAGUAUCUGUUUUGUAUUAUGAGCUUCUGGAAUCAAAACACAAAUGUUUACUUGGACAAUGGAUAGGUGUAUUAGUUAAAGUAAAUUUUCUUCACUAUCUUUAGUCAUGCUGCAAGGAAUGCCAGUAAUGCUGUCAAAGUGGUGGUGCAGUGCUGUCAUUCAUUUAUUGUAUGGUCAUAUGUCAAGCAUUAUAAUGGGCUGCUAAAGUGUUACAUUGUCUGCAUACCUAUUUGAAACAUAAAAUACAAUGAGGUAAGGAUACACU